CCGGAGCAGCUUUGGUCCUUCCUUUUCCGGUAACAGUGACAGCAGGUAUAAAUAUGGUCCAACGACUUACUUACCGCCGUAGGUUGUCCUACAACACUGCAUCCAACAAAACUAGGCUGUCCCGAACUCCUGGUAACCGCAUUGUGUACCUUUACACUAAGAAAGUGGGCAAGGCACCGAAGUCUGCAUGUGGAAUAUGCCCCGGUAGACUGCGCGGUAUUCGUGCAGUUCGGCCCCAGGUCCUGAUGAGGCUUUCAAAGACCAAGAAGCAUGUCAGCAGAGCCUACGGUGGUGCCAUGUGUGCAAAAUGUGUGCGUGACAGAAUUAAGCGUGCCUUCCUGAUUGAAGAGCAGAAGAUUGUUGUGAAGGUCCUUAAGGCACAGGCACAGAGCCAGAAAUCUAAGUAAAUGUGUAUUUGUACUGCAACAAUAAAUUAAUUGAGGUAGAAU